AUGGCUGCCUUCAGCCUCCUCCAACUCCUCCUCCUCGGCGCUACCGUGGUGGCGCCGGAGCCCCCCCAGGAUGUGGUGCAGGAGAGCCUGGAGCUGCAGCUCCCCCCCAUCCAACAGCUGCUGCAGGACCCGGCCCCACCGCCUCUCCCGGCCUCCUCCUCCUCCGCCACCGCUGCCCCGUGGGGGCCCCGCUCCGUGCCCGGUUUCCCCCCUCCGUGGCCCGAAGCCGCCGCCGUGACCCGGCUCUGCCGGCACCGGUCCCCGCCGCCGCCGCCGCCGCUCUCCUCGGUCCCCGCUCUGCCCCCGAGCUCCUUCGGGCACCUCCGGCGCCAGGCGGCGGCGCUCGGAGCCUUCGGCACCCGCCUGGAUUCGUGCUGCGACCGCGAUGCUCCCGUGCCCUGCGCCCGCCGCGAGUGGGCCGCGGUGCUGGACGCGUUCUGCUCGGCGGAGUUCGCGGUGAAGACGCGGCCGUUCCAUUGCUGCCGCCUGCGGGGCGCGCACCGGAGGCGCUGCUUCAGCCACGAAGCCGCCGCCGCCGCCGCUGCUCCCGGGACCGAGGCCGAGCGGAGCCCGGAGGUCCCGGUCCUGGUCCCGGUUCCGGUCCCGUUCCCCCCCGGGGAACCCACGGCCUCCAACGUGGGCAACAUCUGCGCGCUGCGGGGGCUGCGGCCCGGCCCCACCGGGCCCCCCGGGCCCCUGGCCCGGUUCCACCGGCGCCUGGAGAGGGAUUUUGGGCGCUGCUGCAGCAACGGGAGCGUGGAGUGCGCGCACGAGGCGUGGCGCUCGGGGCUGGAGCGGCUCUGCCGGCAGGAGGCGGCGCUGGGGCUCCGGGAGCGGCGCUGCUGCGGGCAGGGCUCGGCCCCCGCCCGGCUCCGCUGCUUCGCGGCCUCGGCCCCGCAGCCGCGCUACGAUCGGGAGCGGCACAACGUGAGCCUGGGCCGGGCAGGGCCCGCGAUGCUGCGGGCGCUCUGCGGCCCCGCCAGGCUGCUCAGCAAGAGGCGCCCAAUCCCAGAGCUCCUGGGGGCCAUCACCUCCUGCUGCCCUCGCCCCCCCCAGGAGCAACGCGCCUGCACCGAGGAGCAGCUGACCCACACCAUCGCCACCCUGUGCAGCACCCAUGGGGCAAGGGGGGGCUGGAAGGACCCAAAACGCUGCUGUGAGGGGGGGGAUGCGGCCACCCGGCGCCGCUGCUUCGACUCCGCUUACCUGGAGCGGGUGCCAAUGGGGCUGGCGGUGCCCCCCCCGCCCCAUGGGCACGAGGAGUGA